AUGAGUAUAGCUGCAUAUGCGUAUGAAGCUGACAGAGCUAAACGUUUAUAUUUUGGUCAAUACUCUCUCACACUUACUGACAAAUAUAUUGUUAUCACUGAUGGAAAUACUGAGAAAUACAUAACAUGGAAGGACUAUGAAAAGUUUGACCCUAUUUUAACUCCAUGUACUAUGCCAUUCAUUGUAAAUGGUGAAGUUGUCAUGAAGAACGACACAACAGUAUAUAAGUCUGUUCAUGAAGCGUUAGAAUAUAUGUUGAAUUAUAAUCCCGAAAGAUUUGACCCAAGCACUACACCAUGUGCAAUGCCUUUUAUUAAGGACGGUGAAAUCGUAAGAGUUCCGAAUUCAACGGUUUACACAGCUGUUCAAAACAGUUUACAAAACAUUUUAGCGAAUAUCUUUAAUUCAGAAACUACAGAAAUAAAAUUACCGUAUAUAACAGAUGCUAAAGAAAUUAAAUCAAAAACAACAACAUUAUUUACGUCACUUAAUGAUUUAAUGACUUAUAUCAUUAAUAUUCCUGCACCAACUAC